AUGGCAGCGCAGAGGAUCCGGGCGGCCAACUCGGGAGGGCUCCCGCGGUGCAAGUCCGAGGGGACACUCAUCGACCUGGGCGAGGGCUUUGCUGAAACCACGCUCUGCGACGUCAAAGUGCCUUCUCCCAGUGCCUUGCUGGUGGACAACCCCACAUCCUUCGGGAACGCGAAGGAAGUUGUAGCAAUCAAGGAUUACUGCCCCACAAAUUUCACCACCUUGAAGUUCUCCAAGGGGGACCACCUGUACGUGCUGGACACGUCGGGAGGGGAGUGGUGGUACGCCCACAAUACCACGGAGAUGGGCUACAUCCCGUCCUCCUAUGUGCAGCCCGUGAGCCACCGCAACUCCUCCCUCACGGACAGCGGGGUGAUCGACAAUCUGCUGGAGAGCCCCGACGAGGGCGUCAAGGAGCUGGACCUGCUUGGGGAAUGGACUGAUGUCAAGAGAAACUCUGCCAAAUCCUUCCACAACAACCCCUUCCUGAACGGAGUGCAGACCAACCCGUUCCUGAACGGGAAUUUGCAAGCAGCGCCCGGCUCAGACAAAGAGUCCAACUCCAGCGUUGCCAUAGACUUGUUGCUCUUCGACACAGGGGCUCCCACUUCGGCUCUUCCCAGUUUGGCUGCCAACAGCAGCCUGGGGAACCUUUUUGAUGAGCUUCCCUCCACAAACAGGCUGGAUGUGGACCAGCCUGUUAGAAGGGACAACCCCUUCUUCCGAAGUAAACGCUCGUACAGCUUGUCCGAGCUGUCUGUCCUCCAGGCCAAGUCGGACACACCGGCGUCGUCGGGUUUCUUCAGCGGUUUGAAGUCUCCCACCCCUGAGCAGUUCCAAAGCAGGGAGGAUUUUAGGACAGCGUGGCUGAACCACAGGAAGCUGGCUCGGUCUUGCCACGACUUGGAUUUGCUUGGCCAAAAUCCUGGCUGGGGCCAGACGCAGCCGGUGGAGACCAAUGUCGUGUGCAAGCUGGACAGCUCCGGUGGAGCCGUCCAGCUGCCAGACACCAACAUCAGCAUCCACGUGCCUGAGGGCCACGUGUGCCCUGGGGAGACGCAGCAGAUCUCCAUGAAGGCCAUGCUGGACCCGCCGCUGGAGCUGAACAGUGACAAGUGCAGCACCAUCAGCCCCGUCCUGCAGAUCAAGCUCAGCAACAUGGAGGUGAAGACCUUCAUCAUCCUGGAGAUGAAGGUGUCGGCAGAGGUCAAGAGCGACAUCACGAGCAAGAGCCUGGUGGGGCUGCAGUGCCUGCGCAGCGACAUGAAGGAGGGGCCCUACACACCGAUGCAGCUGAGCUAUUCCUACGGAGACACGAUCCAGGUGCAGCUGGAGAACCUGGAGCCCUGCAUGUAUGUCGCGGCCGUGGCACAGGGCCAGAACAUCCUCUACCCUUACACCGUGUGGGAUUACAUCAGCAAGAAGAUCACGGUGGGCGUCUAUGGUCCCAAGCACAUCCACCCUUCCUUCAAGACUGUGGUUGCCAUGUUCGGCCACGAGUGCGCACCCAAGACUCUGCUGGUCAACGAGGUCACCAGGCAGUCCCACAGCCCAGCUCCUGUUGCCCUCCAGCUCUGGGGGAAGCACCAGUUUGCCCUGUCCCGGCCCCAGGACCUCAAGCUCUGCAUGUUCUCCAACAUGACCAACUACGAGGUGAAGGCCAGCGAGCAAGCCAAGAUCGUCCGAGGCUUCCAGAUGAAGCUGGGCAAGGUCAGCCGCCUCAUCUUCCCGAUCGCGUCCCAUGACCCCAACGAGCUCUCGGACUUCACGCUGAGAAUACAAGUCAAGGAUGACCAGGAUGCCAUUCUGACCCAGUUCUGUGUCCAGACGCCACAGCCACCUCCAAAAAGUGCCAUCAAACCCAUGGGGCAGAGGCGGUUCCUCAAGAAGAACGAGGUGGGGAAGAUCAUCCUCUCCCCUCUGGCUGCCACCACCAAGUACCCGGUUUUUCAGGACCGGCCAGUGUUGAGCCUCAAAUAUGGGAAGCUGCUGAAGACGGUGGUGAGGCAGAGCAAGAACCACUAUUUGCUGGAGUACAAGAAGGGAGAUGUCAUAGCCCUCCUCAGUGAGGAGAAGAUCAGGUUGAAAGGCCAGCUGUGGACCAAGGAGUGGUACAUUGGCUACUACCAGGGGAAAAUCGGCCUUGUGCACACCAAAAAUGUGCUGGUGGUCGGGAAGGUCAAACCCAGCUACUUCUCUGGGCCUGAUCUCACCACCAGCCUGCUGCUGGAGCAGAUCCUGAGGCCCUGCAAGUUCCUGACCUACAUCUAUGCCUCAGUGAGGACUCUGCUGAUGGAGAACCUCAGCAGCUGGCGCUCCUUCGCCGACGCUCUAGGCUAUCUGAACUUGCCGCUCACGUUUUUCUGCCGGGCGGAGCUGGACAGCGAGCCGGAGCGGGUGGCCUCUGUCCUGGAGAAGCUGAAGGAAGACUGCAACAGCGUGGAGAACAAGGAGAGGAAAUCCUUCCAGAAGGAGCUGAUGACAGCGCUGCUGAAGAUGGACUGCCAGGGGCUGGUGGUGCGGCUGAUCCAGGACUUUGUGCUGCUGACCACGGCCGUGGAGGUGGCCCAGCGCUGGCGGGAGCUGGCCGAGAAGCUGGCCAAGGUGUCCAGGCAGCAGAUGGACGCCUACGAGGCGCCGCACCGCGACAAAACCGGCACGGUGGACAGCGAGGCCAUGUGGAAGCCGGCGUACGACUUCCUGCUCACCUGGAGCAGCCAGAUGGGGGACAGCUACAGGGACGUCAUCCAGGAGCUUCACACAGGGCUGGACAAGAUGAAGAACCCCAUCACCAAGCGCUGGAAGCACCUCACAGGCACCCUGAUCCUCGUCAACUCCUUGGACAUGCUGCGGGCAGCUGCCUUCAGCCCCCAGGACCACGAGGAUUUUGCCAUCUAG